UAACAGUGCAAUUAAUGAAAAUGGCGAUGCCUGAAGAUUAGCAGACGGUCGAUGGCUCUAGAUUCUUACAUCCACAGGAAGAAAGCGGCGGAAGAAAGGUCGAGCCUUUCCUCGCUUCCUCUCUUGGUAUCCACUUCUUUUCUCUUCCUUUCCCUUGUCAAGUUGCAUAGAAAUUGGGAGGUCGCCGUGCUUCUUCCAGCUAUCGAUUCUUCUCCUACCUCGCUCGCUUCUUCCAUCCAAGAACACAUCUUUUGGGUGAAGUAACUUCACUUUAGAUUUUCGGGAUCAAUUUCUGAUUUUGGGAGUUUCGGGCAACGACAAGCACUUUGAUGGAUGUUCUUCCUCGGACGGACGAGGAGGCGGCGGCGCGUUCCUACGGGCCUAACUGGUUCGUUGCCCGUGAAGGCGGCGGCGGUGGGGGAUGGAGUUGGACGGCGGAGGAGAACAAGCGAUUCGAGGACGCCCUGGCAAAGUUCGACGGCGAAGCCCCCGACCGCUGGGCCAAGGUCGCAGCUUUCGUCCCCGGGAAGACCGUUGGAGACGUCAUCAACCAUUACCGCGAAUUGGUGUUCGACGUGAGCGAGAUAGAACCCGGGCGCGUGCCCUGCCCUGAAGGACGGAGGAACUCGCAGUGGGUCGGUGCACGAUCAUCUGACCAUGAGAGGAAGAAAGGAGUCCCGUGGACCGAAGAGGAGCACAAGCUAUUUUUGUUCGGUCUAAAGAAGUUUGGUAAAGGAGAUUGGAGAAGCAUAUCGCGGAAGUCGGUGAUCACCAGGACCCCUACUCAAGUUGCUAGCCACGCACAAAAGUACUUUCUCAGGCUCAAUUCAGGCAGCAAAGACAAGAGAAGGUCCAGCUUUCAUGACAUCACCACAAUCGAUUUGCCGGCUAAUAAGCCCCGUUCACCAUCAUGCCAGUCAUUUACUACUGUAACUUCGCGAUCAAGCUUAGCAAUGUUACCUGAUUUGCCAGGGCAGUUACCACUUCUUCCUGAUCAACUUCUAAAUUCAUUGCAGGGGGGUGAGUCCAUGCAGUCACAAAUUGGAUUGUGAAUGCCACAUCCUCUGUUAUUAUCUUGUGUACUUUCACUAUUCGAGCUUGAUUCUUACUUCCCUGUAUAUGUAUUAUGACACUAUAACUAUAUAUGUUUAGGUUUCUCCUUGCAAUUGGUACCAAUCAGUGUCUACCACUAAACCA